AUCAUCCAUCAUCCACCUUCCUUUAUUAUUAACAUCAACAGCCAUCAACCAGUCAAGGCUCUUAUCAAACUCACCACCUCACUACCUCACCAACCUCACCACCUCGCCACCUCACCAACAUUCAGCAUCACAUCAACGCGCGGCACCAACAUCAUUGGUUUGCUGGCUUCCCUCGCCGUCACGCGCGACUCGCGCCGCCGCAGUCACCGCCUCAGACGCGACAUUGCGCCAACCGCGACAUCUUCACCAAACGCCCCUUCCCACCGAAACCGACGACUUCACCAAAAUCGACUUCCCACCAAAUCCAAAAACUCACCAAAUCCGAAAAUCAGCAAAUUCGCCACCACAACUCCGAAACCCGAAAUCCUACGACUUCAUCCUUCGACUCCACGAACCGACAACAGCAGCACAGACAGGCGUACAGGCAUCGAGAGGCACCGAGGUGGCAAGAGAGGCAGAGAUAUGGCAGCAGAUACGUGUUGGGGCGGAGGGCAAUGGGCAUGAGUAUAAGAAGGAUAUGACACAAGAUUCACGACCUCUGCUUAGCGAAGGGUGUGGUUCGCGGGUUGUUCACUCAACCGUCUGGUGCGGAACGUGGGUAUAUACCCACGCAACUGCACUGCCAUUUACGGAGACCGCGCUACUUGCAACUCACCGUCUGCGACGUCCACCUCCCACUGAGCCAACUUGCUGGGCGCUGAGUAUACUCAGUCAGGUCAAAAGCAGUUCGGUCUUCAGCGCGGCAAAGUCCUCUGUUUCCGCUGUCAACGGCAGCAACUUCAUCACUCACGACCGACGGUUUGGUAUGACAUUCAUGCUCUCGCUGCUCGCUGGCUCUUGGUGGUGGGCAGUUCAGGCUUCGCGGUGGCCUCUGGUAAUUUUUAAUCAAACUCAAUGUGCUUGCAAAUCAAACUCAUCAAAUCGUACCUUCUCUCUCUCUCUCUCGUGUAUGCUUAUCAAUCAUCUCCGAGCGGCUGCAUUGAUAGAGCAAGAGAAGACGUGCGGUCGCUGCGGCUUGGCGUCGAAGCUCGGACGACUUCCGAUCUGCAUUUUGGUACAGAUGAAGUUGCCUCCCACCACGACCCAUUCUGUCUCCGCUCAUCCCUCAAUCUCAAACGCCAAUGGAUCACGUCCAAAGCAAAGUACAGCCGGUAUGAUGUGGAUCGUCUGGGCUAAUCAUGCUCCAGAGAAGUCCGCCUCGCUGCUACCAUCCCCACCGGGCCAUCAGAGUCGCUAUAUUUCCCUUGGUAAGAAGAAUCUCCGCCUCUUAUGA